GGUCUGAGGAUUGAAGAGGUAGAGAUUAAUCUGCUGGUUUGAGGAUUGAAGAGGUAGAGGUCGCUGAAGUGCUGAGAAGCAUCAAUCGCAUUGCUGUCAUGGAGGAGGUUGGCGAAGUAACUGUGACUGCGACAAACGAAGGAGGGCCAAGUGAAGAAGUGAAGAAUGGCUACAUGUUGUUUAGACGAGAAUUUCUUAAGGGUGGGGAGAAGUUUAAGAAUAUGUCUGAACAAGUGAAAAAGGCAUCAAAGGCAUGGAAGCAGUUGACACCAGAGGAGCAGAAGAAAUACAGUGAUAGGGUGAAGCAAUCAAGAAAGGAAGGGAUGAAGAAGAAGAGGAAGAAAAAAGUGGCUUUUAGCACUCGUUGCUCGGUUCGGCAAUUUAAGUCAUUAGUGGACUUCAUAAAAGAUGAUGAAGAUUUGAAAGUGAGGGUACAAAAUUUAGGCUUUGGCCAUUUACUUGACAUUGGAUGUGAGAGACUCCCUCGUGACCUCAUAGUAUGUGUUCUCCGAGCAUAUGAUCCGCCUACCCAUCAAUUUCUAAUAAGAGGGAUAAUAAAGGAAAUAGAAGCAAAUGAUGUUGCAAACUUGUUGGGUGUACCCCACACAGGGGAGAAGGUAAAAAUGGACGUAUGUGAUGAUGAUGAGACAUACCAGAGGUUGAAGGAGGAAUUUGGUAAAGUCCCUUAUACGAAGAUACUCAAUGACAUUAAAUCUGGGCAGAAGAAAGAUGAGUUUGAGUUCUUGUUUAUGCUGUACACACUUGGGAGUUUUUUAACUCCUACUUCACAAACAACUGUGAGUGACAAGCUAAUAAGAGUCAUGUGUGUACCAUGA